CGAGACGAGAGCGCCUUCACCGUUUGCAGGCCUGCAGCAUGCGACCCUUGGUGGCCAACGUGGUGGUGGGCGUGGUGGCCGCCGUGGUGGCCGCGGCCGUCACCGCCGGCAUCAUCCUGGGCACGCUGCCGGGCUGCGCCGACGACGCCCCCGCCGCCCUGGCCGUGGACAUGAUGCGGCCCGCCUUUCACUACACGCCGCGCUUCGGCUGGGUCAACGACCCCAACGGGCUGGUGUACGCCGACGGCGAGUGGCACCUGUUCUACCAGGCGGACUACGAGACCACGCUGCACGGCAACAUGUCCUGGGGCCACGCCGUCAGCACGGACCUGGUGCACUGGCAGGAGCUGGGCGUGGCCAUCAGCUACGACCAGCACGAGCAGAUCUUCUCCGGGUCGGCGGUGGUGGACAAGGACUGCACCUCGGGGCUGUGCGCCAAGGCCGGCGAGCCGGUCAUGAUCGCCAUCUACACGUCGUACGACCAAGUGCCGGACCCCAACUCGCCGCUCGACGACCAGGGCCACAGCACCAACAGGCACUUCCAGAGCCAGCAUAUCGCCAGCAGCACGGACCGCGGCCGCACCUGGACCAAGUACGCGCACAACCCCGUGCUGGACAAGAAGAUGUACGAGUUCCGGGACCCCAAGGUGAGCCGCCGCGGCGACCACUGGCUCAUGCUGGUGCAGAAGUCCGAGGAGCACGUCCUGCAGUUCUACAAGUCCAGCGACCUCAUCAAGUGGGGCGACGGCAAGGGCGGCGACGGCCCCGCCGGCGAGUUCACCGGGCUGGGCGCCACCGGCGGCGUCUGGGAGUGCCCCGACAUGUUCGAGCUGCCCGUCGACGGCGACGCCAAGAACACCAAGUGGGUGCUGAUCGUCAACAUCAACCCCGGCAGCCGCUUCGGCUGGGGCUCCGCCGCGCAGUUCUUCAUCGGCCAGUUCGACGGCGACACGUUCCACGCCGACGGCGACUACAGCUGGCUGGACUGGGGCGCCGACAACUACGCCACCAUCACGUGGGACAGCGCGCCCAACGGCGAGGUGGUGGCCAUCGGCUGGAUGUCCAACUGGCAGUACACGCAGGUGACACCCGCCUCCACCUGGAGGAACGCCUUCACCGUGCCGCGCCUCCUGGAGCUCGUCACCAUCGACGGCAAGGUGCGCGUGGUGCAGAACCCCGUCAAGAACAUCGACAGCCUGCGCGACUUGAGCAACGCCGUUCACCAAAGCAACCUGGCGGUGGCCAACGACUACACCGAGCCCGCGAUCCGCGGCCGCGCGCUGGACAUCGUCGUCGAGUUCGACGCCGGCAGCGCCGCCGAGUUCGGCGUCAAGGUGUACCAGGGCGAGCACCAGGAGACGCUCAUCGGCUACGACAAGGCCAAGGGGCAGGUGUUCAUCGACCGCCGCAUCUCCGGCACCGUCAACUUCGACGCCCUUUUCCCCGACAGGCACAGCGCCGACCUGCCGCUGGUGGGCAACAAGCUCAAGCUGCGCAUCCUGGUGGACCACGGCUCCGUCGAGGUGUUCGCCAACCGGGGCGAGGUCGCCAUCACGGACGUCAUCUUCCCCGACCCCUUCAAGGACGGCGUCAGCUUCUACGCGCUCAACGGCACCGCCACCGUGGUGUCGGUGGACGUGUACCCGAUGAAGACCAUCCACGGCCUGCUGUAGGAGGGCGCUCUAGUGUGUAAACCGAACCAAGUAUUAUGCUCACGUGAAGUCGAGUUUCCGACGGUUUCCGAUCUAGUUCGCUCGUGAUCCGUUCCCUAGUCCAUCCAUUGUAUCAUUCCAUUUUUUUCACAUCACGCAUCCCCCAUAAACUUCCCUUAUUGUCCACUGGUAGUUAUUUAUGCUAAGAAAAGCAAGUCGGGAUCUGCAUCGCCUCUGUCCACUCUAGCUAGAUUGCGUUCUUGUAAGUCGUCUCUGAUUGAAGAGUCGACCGAAGGUAGGUAGGAGAUAGGAACCUGAGUUGUUUGUUUGCUCCACUGCGUGACAAGCACGAAGCCUGCGCAAGAUCUUUCCACUAGAUAGUCCACUAUCAGUUCCACCUGUCAUUAGUCUUAUUAUUUUUUUUAAUUUCUUUAGUUAUAAGGAUAUAAGCUAGACCUACUUUUGCCUCUCUGAGAUUGUUGUGUCGAAUCGGC